GCGGAGGAAAUGGAAGGAGGAGAAAGAGGUGAAGACAAAGACUCAUGAAAGAAAAGCAGUGGACAACAGCACAAACUACUUCCUCUGGCUCAUAAACCUUUGCCCCUCACAAGUCGCGGGAAUGGGCGCGCUUCCAGUGGUCCUGCUCCUCUGCGGUUUCCACGUGUUCACAGCUGGGGCCCAGACCGCGAGCACAGAGGCCCCUGGUGGAACUUUAUCUUCAGACUGCAGGGAGGAGAUGUACCCCUGCACCCGGAUGUACUCUGUCCACGGGCCCACCAGGAAAUGCAUCGGUGGCUUCUGUCUCUACAGUCUCCAGCGCAUGUACGUGAUCAACAAAGAGAUCUGCACAAGGACCGUGUGCUCACAAGACGAGUACAUGAAAGCUGAACUGUGCAGGGAGCGGUCCGGGUGGCCGAGACGCAUCGAGAGGUCGUCCAAUCAGAGGAGGCGUUGUCGCAGUCGUCGUGGCAACCCCGACACCUGGGCAAACAAGGUCUAACGGAGCCUUGAGUCGGGCCAUAAAAUCUAAUGUGUAUAAGUCUAUAAAGCCCCUGUUCACACCCCAGGCGUUCCUCUCAUAUAACACACGCUGUCACUUUUGAUUUAAUCUGUAUUUAUCCAUUUCACUUAAUUGUCUGUGAACAUCACGGAGAGCUGGUUUCAUAUCGACACAGCUGAAACGCAAAGAUGGUUUAUGAUCAGUUACCUUUACUCAAGCACAUUUGUUACUUCUCUGAGUAGUUUUCAGAUGGCAUACUUUUACUUCUACUCGAAUAACACCUUACUCUUACUUUUGGUUACUCUUCCCACUGUGAGUAACUGAGAACACUCCUUCAGCUAUGAUUCAGAUUUUCUCAUAUUUGUGGCCUAUCUUCUAUCUUCUGAAAAUAUCACCCUAUUACUCUUACUUUUUACUGUUACUUGAGUAAAUCUCUGACCCACUUCUUUGUACUUCUACCGUAUUUUCCGGAGUAUAAGUCGCAUUAGCCAAAAAAAAGUAUAAUAACGAAGAAAAAAAACAUCUAUUUCACAUAUAAAUCGCAUCUGAGUAUAAGUCGCACCCUCGGCCUAAGUAUGAAAAAAAAGUGUGACUUAUACUCCGGAAAAUACAGUACUUGAGUAAUAUUUUGAAGUAAAGUUACUCUUAUUUGAGUACAAGUUUUAGCUACUCUGUUUAUGAUUUAUGUUACACUUCUAUAGUAAGAGACUUUUAGCAACGCAGCUACUCUUGUCAUCAUUUGAAACAAGAUUUAUAGAAAGCAUUAAAGCACCAUUAUGUAACUUUUCCGGUCUGUCACCUGCUUGUUUCCAUGAAGAUGUUAUUGCUUUGCCCAAAAAGUAUCACAUUAAACUCAUCUAUCUCCGUGGGGGCAAGCAGUUGACCGGUCAGGUCUGUGAAGAAGGGACAAGUUUUUCAAGGUAAAUUCGAGCAAUAGAACACCUGUAAUCAAAUAAAAGCAAGACGUAUCUGUUUUAAAGCCUUACUGUGGAACAUUCCAGGCAAAGCGAUAACAUCUCCAUGGAGACAAACAGGUGGGGGAAAGGUACAUCUUGUCCCUUUUAAGAUACACACAAAAUAUAUCAUGUUACUGCACUUUUGUAUGGAAUAAAAUGCUCUAUUAAUCCUAAA